UCUCUAGCCAUGGAUGCGUCGGUCGUAUUGCGGGCUGCACGUGGUCUCAAUGCGACGCGCAAACAGGCUAGUGACUUCAAGUGCUUCAAUGUGACUAAGGUAAACUCUUUGGGUUACUUCCAUAAUGAUUAUCCAAGUAACUUCUCCCUCCCUAGGCUGUUUAUGCAAAUCGGCAUGGUGACCAUUAUCACACGGGCAGUCCGCUUUGUCAUGACGCCUCUCAAACAACCCAAAAUUGUUUCUGAUCUUAUUGGUGGUAUCAUCGUCGGGCCCAGCGUGUUGGGAAGCAUUAAAUUCGUUAAAGAGAAUGUGUUUUCCGAAGAGGGCAUGUAUAUACUCCACACCUUUGAGAGAAUUGGGACAAUGUAUUACCUUUUCAUCCAAGGAUUGAAGAUGGAUGUGAUGCUCAUUCGCAAAUCUGGUAUAAGGGAAAUGGUGAUCUCCUUAUGUGGUAUGAUCCUUCCUUACUUUACAACGACGUUCAUCUAUAUAAGGCUAACCAGAGUCCAAGGAAGCAGUCGUCAAGGGCAGUUCCUUCAUUUCUUGUCUUCAUCAAUUGCGGUCUCAUCUUUCCCUGUUAUUCAUCCGAUCCUCGAAGAGCUCAACCUACUCAAUUCAGAGCUUGGACGACUCGCCUUGUCCACAUCUCUGAUCAAUGAUGUUGUAGGAUGGAUUGGGGUCAUCCUCUUCGAAACAUGGAAAACCAUGGGUCAUAGUAAAAAUGAGAUAAGCAUAUUUAUUGAUAAAAAAGCUAAUGCAAUUUUUUACUUGAUUUCCAUGCUUACAUUAGUCCUAUUCAUUACAUUCGUUAUCCGACCAGUUUCAUUAUGGAUCAACCGCCAAACACCUCAAGGGAGACCAGUGGAUCGGAGGUACAUCUUUGCCAGUCAAUUCAUGGUCCUGGUCAUUGGGUUCUUUAGCGAAUCAAUCAGCGCGACGAUGAAUAAUGGACCUUUGAUUAUGGGGCUGGCGAUGCCAGAUGGGCCUCCGUUAGCAUCGACCAUUGUGGAUAAGACGGAGGAUAUAAGUCAAAUCUUUAUGUCUCUCUUUUAUGCCACCGUAGGUCUAAACACAAAUAUUUUUCAGAUCAAUAAUACAAUUUCUUGGGGGUCAUUGCAAGCUACAGUCAUUGCUGGAUAUCUUACAAAAAUAGUAGGGACCAUGGGGCCUGCUCUCUUCUUUAAGAUCCCUCUCUAUGAUGCAAUCGCACUGGGAUUCAUCUUGAACUUCCGCGGCUUCGUUCAGGCACUCACGUAUGCUAAUUGGGUUAAUUACAAGCUUAUGGGCUCGGCAAAUUUUACAACGAUGAUCAUGUCGACGAUCUUUAUCACAGCGAUUUCAGUCCCCCUUGUGAGGCUGUUGGCUAAAAAAGAAAGGCCAUACAUGCCCUACAAUUGGAGAACCAUGGAACAUAGCAAACCCAAUGUAGAAUUAUGCGUACUAACAUGUCUACGUACCCAAGAAAAUGUCCCAUCUAUAAUCAACCUUCUUGAUGCAUCCAAUGCUAAUAGAGAAAGCCCAAUAUGUAUUUAUGCCAUGACACUAGUCGAGCUCGUUGGACGCGCCAACCCCAUUCUCAUAGAACAUAAUACACUCAACAGGUCUUCCUCAAUCAACAAUUCCAACCACAUUAUGGGCGCCUUCCAAAACUUCGAACAAACCAUGAAUGGCUGCGUCUCAGUUCGACAUUUAACCGUCGUCGCCCCUUACAAUUCCAUGUACCAAGACAUAUGCUUGCUUGCAUUGAAUAAGAGGGUGUCUCUUAUUAUCGUUCCAUUCCAAAAACAACGAUCAAUUGAUGGAUUGGAUGUGGUGGACCGUGCGUUCUUGAAUAUCAAUCCUAAAUUACUCGAAGAAGCUCCUUGUUCGGUUGGGAUUCUCGUUGAUCGUGGCAACCAAAGUGGCUUAUCUACAUUGUCUAGCAAUCAUUUGUCUCGGAUUGGGGUAGUAAUUUUGGGCGGUCCUGAUUGUCGUGACGUGUUAUCUUAUGCAUUGCGGAUGGCGGGAAACCAGCAUGUAGAACUUCACGUGAUGCGGAUUAUCCAGGAGAAUGAUAAUAGGCAUGAUGAUGUGGACAAGCAACGAGAUGAAAACGUGGUGGCUAAGUUCAGGAUCGGAUGUGUGGGUAAUAAUCAUGUGGUAUAUGGGGAAGAAGUUGUUAGAAACGGUGAAGAGACUGUUAAUGCAAUCCGUUCAAUGGGUAGUGAUUAUGAUCUUAUGGUAGUGGGCCGGAGAUUUGGGAUGGGUACAGUGCUUGUUGAUGGUUUGGUGGAUUGGAUUGAGAAUCCAGAGCUUGGGGUGUUUGGGGACAUCAUGGCUGCACCGGAUUUCUUUAAUGGAUCAGUAUCUGUGCUAGUUAUACAACAACAGCUAACCAUGGGGUGGUGAAUAUGGGGUUGUGGUGUUCACCGUCCCGUGUAUAGCUCAAAAGGCACGUUGAUAUCGUGAGCCGUGGUGCAGUUGUACCACAUACAUGAGAGAGAGAGGUUUUGUAGGAUUAUCAUCAUGUUUUAUCAGGGGAAUGUCAUGAAUGCAACGUUCACUUGAGUUCCUCAAACUUCUUUUUCUUCUUUUAGCACAAGAAUGGUCGUUUUUUAAAAAGAAAAAUA